CGCCUUCAGACAACUUCCCGCUGUGUUCAGGUGGCAUCUGGAGAAGUUUCGCCAGGGCCUGGACUGGCGCAAGGAGGGAGUUCGGGUCCUUGAUCAGGAUCCUACAUCCAAGGGGUUGGUUGAGUGUUUCUCCCGGGAAGUCUAUGUGGCUGGGUGCGAACGUAUGCUGCAACCCCUCCUCCCCGUUCUUCAACAGGCUUUAGGCCGAUCAGUGGAGCUGGCCGACUUCCCCCACAUCUCGGCCGAUCACCUCAACGUUCUUAAGACCCAAAUGGGUAAAUAUGAUCGAGACUUAAAGAGGGAGGCUGAUCGGGCAGCUGGGAAGGAUCCCUAACCCUGACUGAUUCGGGGGAUGAUGCGGCAGAAGGGGAUGAAGACGAUAAAGAUGAUGAGGAUGAAGCCCCAGAACAGUAGAAUAGUUUAUUAUCUUUUUACUUUUCUUUUGCUCAUCUCUUUCUUCAUUCGAAGUCAUAUUAUGUAUACCCCGGCCAAAAGUGCCGAUG